CGGCGGCUGCAGCCCGCGUGGACGCCCCGAGCGCCCCCCGACGGACGCCACCGGCCCACCGGCAGGCGGGCAAGCGGGCGGCCGCCGCGCCCGGCCGGCAGCGCGGGGGUUAAGUGGCCAAGUAAACGUAGCUCGGCGAUCGGCGCCGGAGAUUCGCUAGCCGAGCGCCCUGCGCGGCCGCCCGCCGGCCUCCCGCCAGCCUGUCCGGAUCCGCGGCUCGACCGCGGAGCCGCGCCCGAGCCAGGCUCUCGGCAGGAAACAAUGAAGGGAGACACCAGACAACUCAACGGAGAGGAGGACACCAGCAGGAGGGAAGACUCCAUCCUCACCAACGGGGGCUGCAGUGACCAGUCUUCCGACUCCAAGGACGCGCCCUCACCCCCAAUCCUGGAGGCUAUCAGCACCCCGGAGAUCAGAGGUGGCAGAGGUGGAAGAGGCCGCAGAUCAAGCUCACGACUGUCCAAGAGGGAGGUCUCCAGCCUGCUAAGUUAUACUCAGGAUCUGACGGGCGAUGGAGAUGGCGAAGGGGAAGAUGGAGAUGGCUCCGACACUCCAGUGAUGCCAAAACUCUUCCGUGAAACCAGGACUCGGCCAGAAAGCCCAGCUGUCCGAACCCGAAAUAACAACAGUACCUCCAGCCGGGAGAGGCACAGGCCCUCCCCACGUUCCACCCGAGGCCGGCAGGGCCGCAACCACGUGGACGAGUCCCCCGUGGAAUUCUCAGCUACCAGGUCCCUGAGGCGGCGGACAGGAUCAUCUGCAGGCACGCCAUGGCUGUCCCCUGCCAGCCCCUACCUCACUAUUGACCUCACAGAUGAUGAUGUGGUGCCCCAGAGCAGCAGUACGCCCUAUGCCCGCCUGGCCCAGGACAGCCAGCAGGAGAGCGUGGAGUCCCUGCAGGUGGACGCAGAGGGCAGAGAUGCAGACAGCACUGAGUAUCAGGACGGGAAAGAGUUUGGAAUAGGGGAUCUCGUGUGGGGAAAGAUCAAGGGUUUCUCCUGGUGGCCUGCCAUGGUGGUGUCCUGGAAGGCCACCUCCAAGCGUCAGGCAAUGUCUGGCAUGCGGUGGGUUCAGUGGUUUGGCGAUGGCAAGUUCUCCGAGAUACCAGCAGAUAAGUUGGUGGCCUUGGGGUUGUUCAGCCACCACUUUAACCUGGCGACCUUCAAUAAGCUGGUCUCUUACAGGAAGGCCAUGUACCACGCUCUGGAGAAAGCCAGGAUACGGGCUGGCAAAACCUUCCCCAGCAGCCCUGGAGACUCGCUGGAGGAUCAGCUGAAGCCCAUGUUGGAGUGGGCCCACGGGGGCUUUAAACCCACCGGGAUCGAGGGCCUCAAACCCAACAACAGGCAACCAGAGAACAAGACGCGAAGACGCACAGCUGAGGACUCCACCACCUCUGACUACUGCCCCCCAGCCAAGCGCCUCAAGACAAAUUGUUAUAACAAUGGCAAAGACCGAGGAGAGGAGGACCAGAGUCGAGAGCAAAUGGCUUCGGAUGUUUCCAACAACAAGAGCAAUCUCGAAGAUAGCUGUUUGUCCUGUGGUAGGAAAAACCCCGUGUCCUUCCACCCUCUCUUUGAGGGUGGACUCUGCCAGACAUGCCGGGACCGGUUCCUUGAGCUGUUCUACAUGUACGACGACGAUGGCUACCAGUCCUACUGCACCGUGUGCUGCGAGGGCCGCGAGCUGCUCCUUUGCAGCAACACCAGCUGCUGCCGGUGCUUCUGUGUGGAGUGCCUGGAGGUGCUGGUGGGCCCGGGCACGGCGGCGGAUGCCAAGCUGCAGGAGCCCUGGAGCUGCUACAUGUGCCUGCCCCAGCGCUGCCAUGGCGUCCUGCGGCGCCGUAAGGACUGGAGUGUGCGCCUGCAGGCCUUCUUCACCAGCGACCCGGGGCUCGACUACGAAGCCCCCAAGUUAUACCCUGCGAUUCCCGCAAACCGAAGGCGACCCAUUCGAGUCUUGUCCCUGUUUGACGGAAUUGCGACAGGGUACUUGGUCCUCAAAGAAUUGGGCAUCAAAGUGGAGAAAUAUGUCGCCUCCGAAGUGUGUGAAGAGUCCAUCGCCGUUGGAACUGUUAAGCAUGAGGGCAAUAUCAAAUAUGUGAACGACGUCAGGAAUAUCACAAAGAAAAACAUUGAAGAAUGGGGCCCCUUUGACUUGGUGAUUGGUGGAAGCCCAUGCAAUGAUCUCUCAAAUGUGAACCCUGCCAGGAAAGGCCUGUAUGAGGGCACAGGCCGGCUCUUCUUUGAGUUCUACCACCUGCUGAAUUACACACGCCCCAAGGAGGGUGAAGACCGGCCUUUCUUCUGGAUGUUUGAGAACGUGGUGGCCAUGAAGGUUGGCGACAAGCGGGACAUCUCUCGGUUCCUGGAGUGUAAUCCAGUGAUGAUUGAUGCCAUCAAAGUGUCUGCUGCUCACAGAGCCCGAUACUUCUGGGGCAACCUGCCUGGGAUGAACAGGGACCUGGUGCUUAAAAGUGCCAUGUGUUGGAGCAGGCUUCUUCCCAGCAAGGGAUGCUGAUGUUUCUACACCCCACCUCUCCUCCCAGAUACGGUCCAUUGGGAAAUGAACUUAAUCUCCCUGCCCCUGAGAUGAAGUGAUCCCUGGACCAGGCCUGUGGUGACCAAUCAGGUGGCAAAGCUGAGAUAACAAUUGGUAGCCCAAAGCCUGUCUCCCUUGGAUUUUCUUGACUGAGAUCUUUCCCCAACUUUUCAUUAGUACUUUCACGUUGAAAGCCACAAGGCAAGUGGCUUGGCUGAGGAUUAAUUAUCUCCUUUAUGUGGCUUCACGGAGACCAACCUGCUAAUUAAGAUACGAAAUGUGAUGGUAAUAUAACUUGCAAAUGAGUUAGCUUCAAAAAAAUUCUGCUUUAAAAGGAAGUGUUGGAAGCAUAACUUUCAGACAUUUAGCAAAGUGUGGACAGAGUUGAGAAGGUACUGGAAUAGCUUGGGAUUUCUGUUGGGUGUCUUACAUUUUUAUUAUCAGCCCAUCAGAUGGUGCAACGUCCAUGUCUGGAAUGAACUUGGCUUAUUCACUCCAUUCCUGAGCUCUCACCCUGCCAGGCACUUCUGUCCCUGCUGCCAGUUCCGUGGUGACUAGAUGUCAGUCUUGGCUCUCACAGAGCCAGUGGGGGAGGCGUAGAGAAGACAAAUGAUUUCAGGGUCAGGGUUGGAGGGGGCACUGGAAGAGUUGAUGAGGAGGCUUCUCAUCCCAGCAGGACCCAAAGUGAUGGAGUGGAGACAUGCAGUUGAGAGCAGAAGGGAGAGGGUCAGGGAGGCCAGUGACGGGCAUUCGCAGAGCAGCUUGGAGAACAGUGUUCCAGGGGUGGGGAGUGGGUGUGAGAGGAGGGCUGAGAACUCCGAAGUAUGGGCCAAAUUAUGUGAGGUUUGUAGUCAUGGCAACACAUUUACUUUGACCCAGGAGUUCACGUGAGAUUUUAAGCGGAUGAGAUGAGUUGUGUCUCUGGUUCUCAGGGUUUCUGGUGGAAGAAUAAUAGACUAUCACGUGAUGAGUGCAGAAGUGGGGAGGCAGCUGAGGUGUUGUUCAGAGGAGGGGGGCUCUGACUUUGAUUAUUGUGUUGUGCCCAAGAGGUGCCAUCCACAUGCACUGAACACAGUGAGAGCAGUGGCUCCAGGAGGGUGUCCUGUGGAAUUACAGGGAGGGAUCAGAUUCUAGAUAAUGGGAUUUGCUGAGCAUUAUCUGAGUUGGGAUGAGAAGUGAACUGCUACAUGUGGGCUCUGCAGGAUCCAUGACUCAGCCAGCGUCAACCACGGGUCACAGACCCAAAUCCAGCCUUUAGACCAAACAUCUUGGUUGGUAAGAUUUCAGUCCUAGAAUCAACAGAAGGUAGAGCAGGGCUGUGAGCCCUUAGCUCCCCUGGGUCCAUGGAAGAGUUGGGAAUAGAGAGAGGGUGAGGUCAGUGAGGUAUUAUACUGUGUUCGAUGGCCCCUCUUGUGGGCACCAUAUCCAAUCUUAUGUCUGAUUUCUUUUUGGCCUUGGAGUUCCUUACACAGGGAUGCUGUGGCAUUCAUCAACUCUGUGCAUUCACACCUCUUGCUGGUUUUCUGGUCUGGACUUCAGUUUAACCACUUCAGUUUCUAAAGUUCUAUCCAUUUUCCUUCUCAAGCACCUGUUUUCCUCUCUGCUUUUGCAGGUUUCAGGGGUGAAAGUUACAAGGGGGAAUUAAUUCUAGUCCAUUUGUGAACCACCUUUUGUCUUUAGUUGGACCCACUAUUAAAGCCUCCUGAGGCUGCAUUCCAGCAAUAAGCCAACAAAUCAUGGGUUUGAUAUGCUAGUUGUAGUGAGUAGACUCACAAAGACCUAAUCCAAGCUCCUGAGGCUCAGAGAGGUGGCAGAAUUUGCUCAAGGUCAUUCACUCAGCCAGUGAGCAGUGGGGCUGAGACUGAGGCGUCUCCUGACUCCUCCAACAAUGGGCUUCCCCAUCCUGCUCCCCUCAGUGAAGGAGCUUUGACUACUGUUAACAUUUGGGAAGGAGGAGCAUUCACUCCUGGACAUUGGGCUCCCCGCCCCCUGGCCCCCAUCAAGGGGCUAGUCUGUCCCUGGCUCAGCACACAGGCUUGUGCUCAUGCCAGGGCCAUUUUUAUCAUGUAUUUGUAGCAAAGUUCACUGCCAGAGCACAUUUUGCAGCUUGGGCUCUCACUCCCACCUUGGGAGGCACCUAGCCAAGGCCCCUUUCCAGGUGGCAGAAAGUAAUGGGUUUUGGAUGU